CAGCAUAAAGAAUUUCUUGCCAGCAAAAAGAAGGGUAAAAUCAUUUAUAUUGAAUUAGAUGAUGAAGAAACAAACCAACAAGACUCCAUCUUCUCUAUUAAAGAUACAGAAUCUGAAAUCUCUCAAACAGAUGAAACCCUAGAAAAUAGCUCCUCUAAUAUGGAGAAUCUGAAUUCAGAAAACCUUGUUGUAGAAAAAAAAAAACAUAGAAGCCUUAUUAGUUAG